AUGUCGAGGGUACACACACGCAAUUAUUAUUACAGGCACCCUAACUCAAAAGCUGUUAGUGAGAAUGUAUAUGAAAUAAUUCGUGCGAAGAAUAAACAGGCACAGAGAAAAAAAUAUUUAAAAAUAUUUUUAUGCCUUUCCUUAUGCAUUCUUUUAUUUUUAUUAGGUUAUGCAUUCAUAGUGUAUAAUAGUUCCAUUGACGGAAGAAGAUCCUUGUACCCAAAGAAAAGUUCGAAGAAGUCGAGAAAACUCUCUGAAUUAGUACUUGCUGAUUAUCCUUCUUCAAAUUAUACUUCUUCAAAUUAUCCUUCUUCAAAAAUGGAUGAUUUAAAAACUCUUGAAAAUGAUUGGAAUAGUUCAAAUGAAGCUGUGGAUGACGAAGGUAUGUGUAAGGAUCCUUUUGGAAAUAUUCUUGAUGUACCGAAGCAUGAGAAUGAUUCGUUAUAUAGGGAUUAUAACACAAGUAUGUUUGAUAUUAAAAAUAUUAAAAUCGAAGAAAUAUCCUUGCCGUUAUCCAAACUGGAAUUAAGCCAUAUUAUUAGUAGGCUAAGUAAAGAUGUUCCUAAAGAAUAUCUUAUGAACUUAUGGCUACAAGCAUUUGCUGUAUCAAAUGAUUUGGUAGAAAUUGUAAAUGUUUUAAAUGAAUAUAUAGAAUAUUAUAAGAAUCAGGUGGAUAAAUGUAUAGAUUUAACUAAUAAUGGUAAUUAUACUUGUUGGAAAAAAUGUAAUCUUGAAUUGGCUAAAACAUUAUUAUUUGAACAUAUAGAAUAUAAAACAAAAUUCUAUAAAGUUUUAGUUACCAGACAUAUGUAA